ACGGUUGUACGGUUGCCGAUUGCGUUACGAUUGUGAGGCACUGUAAAGUGAUAAUACUAAACGAAUUUCGAAGUUAUUUAGUCGCGGCCCAGCAUAAACCCGUUUAUUAAUCAUAGCAAAAAAAAAAGCGAAACAAAAAUUUUCACUUACAUUGAAUACUUGAGUGAAUACAAUAUUGAUGAUGGCCAGGCAAGGUCACUUGUUCCUGGUGCUGUCGCUAGUGGUGAUCGUUGUGGUGAAUCUAACCUUAGCCUAUAACUUAUCACCGCUACCCAAUGUACAGAUAAAUGAUCCGCAAUUUGCCACCGUUAUACCCAAAGUGCGUGCGUCAUACUUUGGUUAUACCAUCAACCUAAGGCCUCAUGGCAUAUUUGUCGGUGCGCCUCGUGCCCAAUCCACAUUGGAGGCCCAACGUGGGGUCAAUGAGACGGGAGCAAUCUACAAGUGCUCUCUAUUGAAUGGCACCUGCAGUCCCUAUGUGUUCGAUGCCUUGGGUAACAAACAGGCGGCAGCUAAUGAAUACACAUGGGAUUCGGAGCGCAAGGAUCAUCAAUGGUUGGGCGCAUCCAUGGAUGGGGGCACUAGCGAUAAUGAUAAAUUAUUAGUAUGUGCUCCACGUUUCAUUGCACCAUCGAACAGCGAUUAUCAUAUGCAUGGCAUAUGCUAUUGGGUAUACAAUACUGUCAGCGAACAGCCGGAAAAGGUUGUUCGCAUAUCGCCAUUGCGUUUGAGGGAUCAACAAGUGGAAGAGGAUGAUACGGGCUAUAGGUAUUUCUAUUAUAUCCUUGGUGAGCAGGGUCUAAGUGCUCAUGUCUCGGAUGACAAUAAGGAAAUGCUUAUCGGUGCUCCUGGCAUAUUCAUGUGGAAGGGAUCGGUUAUACGGUAUAAGCAAGUGCCCCUGGUGGAUCAACCACAAGCCAGUCGUCGCGAUACAAGUGAAGCCCAGAAGAGGGUGAAGGUGAAGCGGGCAAGUGGCGAUACGGAUAUCAAUUAUUCGCCCGAUGUCUCAUAUACCACAGAUAUACCCAAUCCACAUCGUUGGGGACAACCAGAUGAUUCCUAUUUUGGUUAUGCGGUGGCCACUGGCCAUUUCGAUAGCACCGACUUGAAACGUUUGCUCUAUGUGGCCACAGCUCCCCAGGCUAAUGAGCAAUCCGGCGAAGCGUAUAUCUUUGAUGUGCGAGGCAAAUCCAUUGAGAAGUAUCAUGUGCUACGUGGUGAACAGUUUGGUGAAUAUUUCGGUUAUGCAGUUCUAGCCGAAGAUCUCAACGGGGAUGGCUUAACGGAUGUCAUUGUUUCGGCUCCACAAUAUGCUUUAGAGGACUCGCAUGACAAUGGCGCCAUAUAUGUGUUCCUCAAUAAAGGAAGGUUCAAUUUUGAAGUCAAACAGUUGCGUUCACCCAUUGCGACAAGGGCACGUUUCGGGACAACUUUAUCGCGCCUGGGAGAUAUUAAUCACGAUGGUUUUAAUGAUAUUGCUGUCGGGGCUCCAUUUGCUGGCAAUGGUUCGGUCUUCAUAUAUCUGGGCUCCGAGCAGGGCUUGAGGGAUCAGCAUAGCCAACGUUUGGAUUCGCCAGUGGAACAAACUUCCAAGUACGAGGGCUCUCAUAUGUUUGGACAUGGUCUGUCACGUGGUUCUGAUGUCGAUGGCAAUGGAUUCAAUGAUUUCGCCAUCGGUUCGCCCAAUUCGGAAUCGGUUUUUGUCUAUCGUGCAUAUCCUGUGGUGAAAAUUCAGGCCAGUGUUCGUUCACAAUCGCGUGAAAUUAAACCCGAUCAGGGACGCAUACAAAUCACAGCCUGCUAUGGACUGACCACAACAGCCACUCAGGCGUCAGCCCAGCAACAGGAGUUGGCCAUGCGCAUUGUCAUCGAUUCGCAAUUAAAGCGUGUGAAGUUCACUCAAAGCUCCAGUAAUGAAUUGAGCUUCACGGCCGAUGCCAAGGUAACACAACAGUGUCGUGUCUUUGACUGUGAUGUACGCUACAGUGAGAAGGAUAUUUUCAAGCCCAUCGAAAUGGAAAUGCAUUACGAACUCACCAAGAAUGUGCCAAACGAUACAGCAGAAUUCUGUCAGACUUGUGUGGCUGUUGAUCCAGCUGAUCCCAAGGUCUAUUCCGAGAAAAUUAUAUUUGUAACUGGCUGUGCCAGUGAAAUCUGCAUAGCUGACUUGCAUUUGACCGCCAAGGAUGUGAGCUCCACUUUCACUUUGGGUAGUGCCAAUGUCCUGCGUUUGAAUUACGAAAUAACCAAUAACGGAGAGACUGCCUAUUUGCCACAAUUUAAUAUAACAAGCUCAAGUCGUUUGAAUUAUGCUCAAAUACCAUGGAACUGUAGGGUUGAUGAGGCUCAUGUAAUGCUGUGUGAUCUUCAUGGUGGACGCCCGUUGGCCAAGGGAGAAAAGGACACCAUUUCUAUAAGCUUUGAUGUUAGCAGUCUUGAUGGCCGCAACUUGAUAAUCGAUGCUGAAGUCUUUAGUACGGGCAAUGAAAAGAAUUCUACGGAUAAUCAGCUACAUACGGUUAUUGGACUCGUGGAGUACACGGAAAUUGAUGCCACGGGUGGUCAAUCAAAUGCUCAAAUUGAUUUGGAACAUUAUAAAAAUAUUGCUGAAAUUGUCAAUAAUUAUGAGAUCAAAAGUAAUGGUCCCAGCACAAUUGAUGCUUUGGAAUUGGAAUUCUAUAUACCUGUUACAUACAAGGUGGCUGGAUCCACAGCUGUUAUACCCAUUAUCGAUGUGAAUAACAUUAGCAUGCAGGCCACCUAUGAUGCCCAAUUGAGAAAUAUCGAAUUAUUCGAUGAGAAUAAUACUUUGCUCAUCACGAAUCCCAUUGAGACAUCGACCAUUAGCCAGGUGAAUAAGGCAAAGUCGGGAAACAGACAAUAUGAUGCCGUUAAGAGCGGUCAUGUGGAUAUUCUGGAUUCCAAUUCAGUGGCCACUGCCUCUAUGACCCGAAAGCGUCGCGAUCUCAAGGCUCUGACUGCCAAUCGGGAGCAAUAUGCACGGAUUUCACAGAUCAAGGCUCAUGAAUUGCUCAGUGAUGAUUACAAGGGCAAAUUGCCAGUGAAUCGCACCAUUGUGUUCAAUUGUCGGGAUCCCACAAUGACCAGUUGUGUACGGGCCGUGAUCCGUAUCUAUAACUUUAAGCCCGAGAAGCCAGUCAAUCUGAAUAUGCGCUAUACAGUUGAUCUUAACGAGAUCAAUGCCAUUCUGGUAGAUCCCUGGGAGUUCUUUGUUGUGCUAAUCGAUCUGAAGGUGCGCAAAGAGGGCGAUCCAUUGGGCAGUUCAUUGGUUAUUAAACGUAAAAUUGAACCGAAUGUGAUAUCGAAACAUUUGGACAGAAGUACGCCCAUUUGGAUUAUAAUUGUGUCAGUUUUGGGUGGUCUCCUCCUGCUGGCUGGCUUGGUCUAUGGCAUGUAUAAGCUUGGCUUCUUUGAGCGAGCCAAAAAGGAUGAAAUGGAAAGACUAACACAAGAAAAUCCAGUUGAGCCUGAGGCUGAAAACCUUAAUAGUGGCAGCAAUUAAUAUAAUGCAAUUAUAAUAUAACAAUCAAUCCAUGUGAUUUUUCAGGGCCUGGUAUACAUCACACAUUCUAAAUGAUCUGGUCUACUGGUCAAGCAACCAAAAUCCUAUAUAGAUGACGCCAAUAAAUUAGUCUUAAAAAAUAUUAUAUUCCAGAAUGCAAUAACUUUUACACUGCAUUUACAGACAACGAAUGGAGAAAGAAAACAAAACAAACGAAAGAUAAAGAAAAGAAGUUGAGAGAAGAGAGUUCAAGCAUUUAAUGUUCUUGUUGUUAAUUAAGUGACUUGUAUUUUAAUUUAUUAGUUUUAGUUUUUGUGUCACGCACAGUCAAAGCCAUAUUGCCAUCAUUAUGUGUACAUAUAUACAGAGAUAUAUAUAUAUAUAUAUAGAACUCUACAUAAAUAUAUAUAUUUAUUAAAUAAUUUUGUAAUUAGUGUUCAGCUAGUUUGUAAGCUAACUAACAUGGCAAAAGCAAAAAGACUUUAAAGUUGUAAAAAUUGUUGAGAAAGACGAAGAAAACUAACAAAACAAAUCAAAAGAGAAAAAAAAAACCGAAAAAUUAUAACUUAAAUGCUUGAAUAAAAUAUUGUGAGCAGAUUUUAUACGAAACGAAACUCUAGUAUUAUAUUAGUGAAAAGUAUUAAAAAUAAAGAAAAAAUUUAAUUUGUUUUUUUA